GCAGCGGCUACGUGCCUUGAGAGGGAGAUGGAUUGUUCCAAAUGAAGAUUUAAAAACGGGGGAGGACAUUGGCCUUGGAUCACAACAGCCCCGAUGUCUUGGGAUCGUGGCUUUUGGAGACAUGAACCGGAAGAGGCAUUUGGGAUUGCAGCAACUUUUGUCUUCGGCAUCCCCUGUAAAGAGCUUUCUAGGACCAGUUAAAUUAUCUAAAUUUAUCGUUGAUGGAAGAACUUAUGGGGGUGUGUUGAUUUGCUCGGCAGUACGACUUCUUGAAAGCUUGGAUUCAGAUAACGCAGUGGGACAACUUCUCAACGAUGCCAUCCAGGCGCAGAACAAGGAGUAUAAAACCGGAACAGCUACCCUGUUGUUUCUUGUUAGUUCAUGGAGCAAUGCUGUACUUGAGUGCCUUGAGCGGGGAGUUCCCCUUUCGGUAAUAGCAGCUGUGAUGUCUGAAGGUCUCGGUUCUUGCAUUGAGCAAGUUCAGUGCCUGAAAAUAUCAGUACCCAACAUGACACAAAAGCUAGAUGAUAUUCCUAUAAAAUACAACCACAAAGCCCUCAUUGACACAACUGGAAGACAAAUGAUGGAAAUGAAAACUUCAGGUAUCAACCACAUUUUCGGAGUCCAUAUGCCAGAAAAACAGUUAAAAGACCCUACCAUUCUGCAAGCAAAUACUGUUGAGCCUUGGGAAAGUUCUCGAUAUCCACAGGUGUUCACUAAAAGCAACACACAUGCUAAGCCAGUAGAUGACAGCUGUGUUUUCCCAGUUUGCGAAAGUCCUUUGGAUGUGUCAAAUGGUAGCAAAAGGUCAAAAUUCAUCCACAGUAGAUAUUUCAGUACUGCAAGGGAAAUUCAAUCGCAACAUCCAACAGAUUGCUUGGAUGGAUCUGCAGAAAGUAGGAAUGAACUCAAAUAUUUGGAUCAGAUGGCAAUGUCUCUUAGCCAUGGAAAGGGGCCUGAAAUGAAGCUGGUACAGGAUAUUCUUAGAUGCUGGUUGCAGACUGAUGAUCAAACAGCUGGCUCCCAUCCUUUUCAGUUUAAUAUUUCAGAAAUAGUAACUUGCUGUUUACCAGGGGUGUCUGAACGUUAUUCUUCUGUUUGUCCUGGGUAUAUCAUGUUAUUAUGUCCAGAGAAAGCUGCUGUUGCUAAGCAGCUUCAGGAUAGACCUCUUAAUAUUGUUCUCGUAGAUGGUGACCUAACAGAAAUGUACCGCCAUUUGGGUUUUAACAGGUCAUGCAAUGUGAGAAGCGUAAGUCUUUAG